UUAAAAAGUCCUACCAGCGUUCAGACUCUUUGAAAACAAACCGAUACGACUUUAUUUCCGCAAAGAUUCGCUCAACGACUGCUUUAUUUUAGCAAAGUUUCACGCUGUGCUUCUUCAUCUUCUGUGCAUAAAUUUCACGCCUCUGUCUCACUCUCCAUCUAUCAUCAUCUACUCAAAUUUGUUUUCUCUUCAACUGCUAUGGAACAAUCUAGUGAAAAUUCAAGAGCUAGUUGGAAAAAUAUGGAUGUAGUAAAAACCUUUUUAAAAAGUUGUAUUCAAGAAAUAUCCUUAAACGGGAGACUUGGAAGUAGUUUAAAGGCAGAUUCAUGGAACAAAGUUAAACUAAUUUUGGAGUCUUCUCGUGGCUUUAGCGUUACACAAAAGCAGAUGAAGAAUCAUUAUGAUUAUCUAAAAGAAAAGCAUCAAGCUUGGUUGCCAAUAACCAAAAAGACUGGCAAUAUUUAUGACCCAGCAACCAAUACCAUUCUAAUGUCUAAUAGUGAGUGGGAUGAGUACAUAAAGGCUCAUCCAAAAGCAAAGGCAUUGAGGAUUUCGCCUCUACCCUUCCCAGAUCUUUGUACAAAACUUUUUGAGGGUUCUUCAGCAACAGGAAUUCAUGGUUGGAGUCCAAGCUGUACAUAUCCCCGACCUGGUGUCUCUUUUGUAUCUACUACUAUAGAUGUAGAUACACUUGAUAGCGUCGAAGAUCUAGUUGGUAAUAAGAAUGAUGGAGCUCCUACCGAUUAUUCAUCUCAGUCUUCAGUUCCAAUUGAAAAGAAACCUUUGGGAAAGAAAAGAAAACCGCAUCGUCUCAAUUGGACAUUGAAGAGAAGAUGAGUAUUGCAUUAGAGUUAUUGGUUAAAAAAAAUAGCGGGUCUGACGUUGAAGAGUGUAUGAAAAAAUUAGAAGAACUUGGAUGGGAAGAAACAUUAUACAGUGCAACUGUUAGUAUACUUUGUGAAGGUGACAACUACAGGAAAGCAUGGAUGAACAUUACCAAGGUCGACAAAUUAGAGAAUUGGAUUAAGGCCAUGGGAAAAAAAUGGGGCUUCUUUGAUUUUGUUAAUUAGCUAGAUUAUUAAUUAGACGUUAAUAAUAUGGAACCUUCUUUGUUUUUUUCAACUAUUAUCUAUUAUGCUUAUUUAAUUUUUUAAUAUUAUAUUAUGCUCGUGGAA